GCCUGCGCAGUGUGUAGCGACGGCCAAGAACGCCUAGGCGGGAGGUAAGGGGCUAACCCGCCGGCCGGCCGCAGCCUCCCGGGCGCUGCUGCGGGGCUGCGAUGUGUUAUCAAGGGCCGGGCUGUGGACGCACCGUAGAGGCCCAGGCAGCAAGCCCAGCUUCGGGUCAGUGUGUUUCUGUGUGAGAGAAGGGAGCCGCUGCAAGAGGAAGUGAUUCAACAGGCUUCAAGAUGGCUGAAGAGGAAGAAAAGGUGACCUUACGGCGGCUUGAACCAGCUAUCCAGAAAUUCACUAAGAUAGUGAUCCCCACAGACCUGGAGAGAUUAAGAAAACACCAGAUAAACAUUGAGAAGUAUCAACGGUGCAGAAUUUGGGACAAGUUGCAUGAAGAGCACAUCAAUGCAGGACGCACUGUGCAGCAACUCCGCUCCAAUAUCCGAGAGAUGGAGAAGCUUUGCUUGAAAGUGCACAAGGACGACCUGGUGCUUCUGAAGCGAAUGAUAGAGCCUGUUAAGCAGGCAGCAGCCUUGGCCACGGCAGAGUUUCUCCAGCUCCAUUUGGAAUCUGUUGAAGAGCUCAAGAAACAAUUUAAUAACGAAGUAGCUUUGUUGCAGCCUUCACUGGCCAGAUCCACGACUGCUGAUGGUAACACAGGUCUUACUCUUGAUCCUAGUGGUGCAGUUAGCUAAGCUCAGCUCCUCAGGUGUCAUGGGCAGGGGCCCUU